UACUAUGAUAUUGUAAAAUCAAGCAGCAUUCACUCUAUUUUGAUUUGAAUACUGAAAAUCUCGUGCUCUCGCACUCAUUAAAUAGAUAUCAACCGUGUCAAAUUAUGAUAAUAUGACACUUGAUGACAACGAAACUAAGGCCCUCCUCACCAUCAUGACACUUCUCGUAGGAUUAUGCUCCAUUCUUAUCCUGGUGAUGAUAACACUGCUCAUAUUGACCUUUGGAUAUCCAAGCUUUCACCACCGGAAAUGCCCCCAGUUUUCGUCCAAAUUACGGAAACUUAAGACUUUCGCCGUCCCUCAAGGGUAUUGUCGCUUAAUAGGAGGGGCAUUCUUGGCCGGACUGCUAAUCUCGAGUAUAGUUCAGUUCUCGAGUAGUAUAAGGAAGGAUGAGAUAUGGACAGGUCAAGAGGACAAGCUGGUGUUUAUCACGACCACACAAUUCGCUCUGGAUCAGGUCGCGACAUUGACAAAGAUUGCGCAGUCGCUAUAUCCGGUGAGAAAUGAUGGGGUCCUCUGGGUAAUUGUGAGUCUUACAGAGGAGGAGGACUUGAUAAGGACAUCGAAGGCUGGCGAGGGAAAACUGCGAAUGCCGAGGAAUUGGGCUGAAUCGACCAAGAAGGAAGCACAUCUGAAUAUCUUGAACAAAACGCUGACCAGAUUUAGAGUCCCCUUUGUCCUCCUGGAGAAAGGGUUCGUCUCAAAUUUAACCCUCGACGACAACGACCGAAACUUCGAUUGGUCAGCAGCCGGGGUUCAGUGGGCACUUGACAAUGUGCAGGAUGGCGUGCUAAUGUUGGGAACGGAAACGUGGUCAUAUCAUCACCGAAUCUUUAAAGAGGUCAUGAGGACACGCUUAGCCUCCACUUGGCCGGUAGGUCUGGGAAAAUGGGCAGGAUUUUCUGCCCCAAUUUGGAGCAACAAUUCGAAUUCGGUGACAGGGUAUUUCGACGGAGAUUUUGAUGAUCAAGGCAAUUCCAAUAACGAAAUACCACUUUUGAGUGGAGGGACUGCCGUACGGAUUCAGCAUCUGAGAAAGAAAAAUAGAAGGGUGGGCAACUUGGUGAAAGUGAUUCUCAACGGAUAUCCAGUUACAUUGCAGGAUCUAGAAAUACCGUUCCAUAAAAUUGAACUACUCGGAAAUAAGGGGACCCAGAUUCUUGUCUGGCGGACAGAGUCCCUUCAACAACCCUUCCCAGCAACCCUACGCCUCAAGCCGGGUUACACCAAUUCGAAUAUGGUCACUCUAUGGAAAAAUUUCUUUACCGUGAUGUAUGACCAAAUUCCAGUCGAUGAGAAGUACAGGGACAAAAAUUACUCUUCGUAUUUGUGACCUUUCUAUCAAUGAAGUCGAAAACGUUUCCAGAAAAAGUUGCAUAUUUUAUUUUGUUAACGGUAUACAUUUUAUGAGAUUAAAUAUAAUAUAAUUUGUUAAGUGAGUCACAAGGCGAGUCUUGCGUGAAAUGUGGUUAGUCGUGGAAAAAAUAGAGUACAUAAUUAACUAUUGAGAUUAGUACGUUAAUAUUAAUUUGUUAAUUAAUUCAUAUCGAUUUUCUUGAAAGAAGCUCAUUUUCCCAAAAUGGCACAUCUUUUCAUUAGAGAAAUUUUUAAUAGUUAAUUUAGUCUGAGGUAUUUUCAUGUGUU